AUGUCCGAACAAGAGGCAACCUCAAAGCGACCAGCUGAAGAUGUUUCAGUAGAAGAGAUCUCGACGAAACGACCCAGGGUGGAAGAGCCAUCAACUAAUGAAUCUGCGAAUAUCGCUAUACCUACACCUACACCUGCAGAAGGUUCAGCUUCAGCACCUGCAUCCGGCUCUACCACAAUAAUCACCACCCCUUCGUCAACUCCGAUCCCACUUCCCAUCAUCCCUCCACAGGAAAGUCAAACCACCUCUGUACGGUUCAAAGAUCAUCUCAAUGCACCUCACCGAACCAUUCCCGAACCAGUCUCGAGAUUGGGCUUGAAACCUGUUAUACCUAUCUUACCUGACUCUCUAGAAUAUAUCAUAGGAGAGAAGGUCGAUCUGACGGAGAGGAAAGGUUUCGCAGGUGAAUUGGAAUGUGGGAUAAGAGGAUUUGUGGGGUUGGAAAAUAAAGGUGUGAGAGGAGUGAUCAAACAGAGAUUCACAGAUUUCAUAGUUAAUGAAAUAUCACUAGAUGGGACGGUUUUGCACUUAAAGGAUAUAACCAAACCUAGUGAACCAGAAUUUGAGAAACCCAAAUCCACCCCCACCCCCACUCCUAGCUCAAUUACUGAACCUGCAUCGAAAGAAGAUGAAGAAGAAGUCAAUAUAUCAACUUUACCUGAAUCACUUCAAUUCGCUCCUCAUCCCCAAUGGUCUAAUGGUACCACAGGCAAAUUACGAAAUCACUUAUCUGACGAAACCAUCAUUGCACUUCAUGGAUUACUAGUGGAAGGUAAAGAGGUACCGCCUAAAUCUGAUGGUGGUUGGGGAUCACGCAAGCCUAAAACUGAGAAGGAGGAGGGGACGAUGAAUGAGGAGGAGAUGGUCGCGAAUGCCAGUACUUCCACAUCGAAUACCGGUGGAAGAGGACAAGGUAGAGAUAGAGGAAGAGGAAGGGAUGUCAGAGGUGAUAGGAGGGACGGGAAGGGUGCGCAGGGUGGGUGGAAAGCUCAGGAUACUAGGGAAGUCGUAUCUCAGCCAAUUACAUCGAAAGACGCUCGUACGGCCGCUCAUAAGAUCCUAAGAGAAUGUUUCGGGACAACAUUCGAUUCCUCCACUAGGGAGACACCAGGUGAAGAAGGAUCAAGGCUGGUGAUUAAGUAUUCGUCAAGUCAGGGUGGAAGAGGUGGGAACGGGACGUGGCAACGACAGCCUGACCGACCGAAACUCCCUCCCUAUAUCCAUUUCACCCUUCACAAAACCAACCGAGAAACCAUGGAUGCUCUAUCACACAUCACCCGAAUGCUAGGUGCUCACCCCAAAGAUCUCUCCGUGUGCGGAACGAAAGAUAAACGGGCUGUUACAGUCCAGAGAGUCUGUUUCAAAAGGAAUCACAAGAACUUGACAUAUGUGUGGAAAUCUGUCAAUGGGAUUAGACAAGGUAGGAGGAACGAGCAGAAAGCCGUUGAAGAAAGGGGCGAGAGAGGUGUGAGGAUAGGUGAUCUGGAGUACAGUAAGCAGUAUUUGGAGUUGGGGAUGUUGAAAGGGAAUCAAUUCGUCAUCACACUUCGAAAUGUGCAAGAGGAGAAUAGGGAAGAGAUAGAUAAAACCAUGAAAUCUGUACGAGAUCAUGGAUUCAUCAAUUUCUAUGGAAUGCAAAGAUUCGGUACAUCUUCCUGGCCCACUCAUCUAACAGGUCUAUUGAUCCUCCAAUCGAAAUGGUCCGAAGCGGUAGAUUCGAUAUUACACUUACGAGAAGGUGAACACCCAGAUUGUACUUCGGCUAGAUUAGCUUGGUUGGAAGAUAAAGAUCCGAAAAAGGCUUUUGACCAGAUGCCUAGACGAGGUGUAGCUGAACGAUGUAUUUGGGAUUUCUGGACGAAGAAUAGGGUGGAAGAUAAAGUGGGGGCUUUGAGCAGUAUCCCACGAAAUCUCAGAGUCAUGUAUGUUCAUGCGUACCAGAGUUAUAUAUGGAAUAUUAUCGUAUCUGAAAGAAUCAAGUUGUCGUCCACUGAACCUUUGGUUGGCGAUUUGGUUUUUGUCGAUAAGGAUACCCUGGGAGAAGGUGAUGUACCGAACCCGGAUUCAAUACCAGCACACGCAAAAGACCGUAAAGGUCGACCUCUGCGUAAAUGGGCUACGACCUCUUCACCGGAAGUGAAACAACUGACCGAAGAGGAUUUACCGAAUUACACGAUCUUCGACGUUGUCAUGCCUUUACCAGGAUGGGAUGUAGAUUAUCCCGGUGGAUCAAUUGGAGAAAAAUAUGCCGAAGCGUUAAAGAGGGAUGGUCUGGAUAUACAUAAGAUGAGAAGGGAUCAAAGGGAUUUCUCAUUACCUGGAUCAUAUAGACGAAUGAUCAUUAGACCUAUAUCUUUAAAUUGGAAUCAUCUAACUUAUACUGAUCCCGAUGUUUCCUUGGUCCAAUCUGACGAAGAUAAAAUAUUAGGUCAGAACCCCCCUCCGGAAGAUAUAGAUAGUGAGGAGGGCAAGUUUAGAGCAUUGAAAAUUGAAUUGGAACUUGGUAGUGCGACUUAUGCUACGAUGGUACUUAGAGAGAUCACAAGGGAAGAGACGUCGACAUGGCAUCAGAUUGGGCUGACGAUGAAUGGUGAAGAUAGGGAAUAUAAGGGAAGUACGGGGGUGGAGAAGGAGAAGAAAGAUGAGGAACGUGAGGAAGAUGCCGAGGGAGAAGGGGAUGUAGACAUGUAG